AGAAGAGCCAUGAGAUAAAUAUUAAACCCACGUUUGAGUUAGUUACAACUGUUUCUUUUUAAAAACGUUUCCACACACCAUAUGCUUCUUCAAGCUUUAGAACACUUGUGUCUUUCACUCUUGUAAUGGAAAUAUCCCCCAUGAGAAUGAAUUUUCUUGCUCUGGGUUUGUCUCUGUGUCUUGUUCUUUCGAGCUUCCAUGGUGUUUCUUGUCAGGAUGAUGGUGCUGCAAGUAGGUUGAGUCAUUUGGAUCUUAUAGAACGUGAAUACCAAGAUAGUGUCAAUGCUCUUCAAGGCAAGGAAGACCAGCCUGCAAGUGUCCAGAGUGAGAACCAGAAGAACACUACAGUGACUGAUAAGAACACUAUCUCUCUGUCUCUGUCAGAUGAAUCUGAGGUUGGAGCCACGAGUGAUGAAAGUGUUACACGUUCGAGUCUGUUGGAUGAAAUAGAUCUUGAAUUUGAAGCUCAUCUCAAUGUUCUUAACCAAGCUGGAUCUGAUGACGUUAAUGCUGAGUCAAAAGAUGAUGAAGAAUUAUCUGCUCAGAGACAGAAGAUGUUGGAAGACAUGGAAAGCGAUUUUGAAGCUGCUUCAGCAAGUUUGAAACAAAUUAAGAGUGAUGAACUAAGUGAAGGAACUGAUGAGGAACAAUCUGCAAAGAGUCAAAGUUUGCUGGAGGAGAUCGAACGCGAAUUUGAAACUGCUACAAAAGAUCUUGAACAACUAAAGAUUAAUGACUUCACCGGUGACAACUAUGAUGAAGAACAAUCUGCAAAGAGAAAAAGCAUGCUUGAAGCUAUUGAACGCGAGUUUGAAGCUGCUGUUGAAGGCCUUGAAGAACUGAAGGUUUCUGAUUCUACCGGAAACAAAGAUGAUGAAAAAGAAUCUGCAAAGAGACUUAGUAUGCUGGAAGAGAUCGAACGGGAAUUUGAAGUAGCUACAGAGAGCCUUAAGCAACUUCAAGUUGAUGGUUCUAGUGAAGACACAGAACAAACUGCAAAGAGGCAAAGUAUGUUGGAUGAGAUUGAACGUGAAUUUGAAGCUGCUAGAAGUGAUCUUAAACAACUAAAUGGUUUCACUGAAGGAAAUGCUGAUGAUGAAAUAUCUGCAAAGAGAAACAGUAUGGUAGAAGAGAUGGAACGUGAGUUUGAAGCUGCUACAAAAAAACUUAGAGUUAAUUAUUUCAAUGAAGGCAGUAAUAACGAAGAACAAUCUGCAAAGAGUAAGAGUAUGCUUGAAGAGAUUGAACGUGAAUUUGAAGCUGCUAUUGGAGGUCUUAAACAGAUCAAAGAUGAUGAUUUUAAGAACACUGAAGAACAAUCUGCUAAGAGCAAGCUAAUGUUGGAAGAGAUCGAGCGCGAAUUCGAAGAAGCUCAAAGUGGCUUUACCACAAAUGCUAAUAAAGAAGGAUCUGCAAAGAAACAUAGUAUUACAUUAGAGUCUCUUGGACUAGGACAGUCAGGUGUCUGCGGCUGUUUUAAUCAAGGCAACGCUGGUUUAAAGCGAGAUGAAGAAGCUUCAAUCUCUAUAUCAACAAAAUAUAGCAUAGAAGAGAUCCUCUCUGAAGAAUCUGCACUACAGGGCACAGAGACUUCUUCUAGUCUCACUAAGUCUUUGACUCAACUAGUUGAGAUUCACAGGAAAGAAAAGGAAUCUCAUAGUGUGCACACUUCAUCCACAAGUGAAUCAGCAUCCACAUCAGAGACUGUAGAGAGCCUUAGAGCUAAACUGAAAGAGCUUAGUGUCUUAACAGCUCGUCAGCUCGUGACACGUCAAGACUUUGAGAGCAUUCUCGUUAUGGCUGCAACUUUCGAAGAGCUAAGCUCAGCUCCCAUCAGUUACAUUUCUAGGUUAGCUAAAUACAGAAACGUCAUAAAAGAAGGACUUGAAGCUUCUGAGAGAGUACACAUGGCAAAGGCACGAGCUACAAUGCUCGAAGAGACUUCCAGAGAGAAGCAGAUCUUCGUGGACGCUAACUUCGAGGAGGCUAAAAGGCUUGCUCAAAGAGGAGACGCCUUGUACGUUAGAAUCUUUGCGAUCAAGAAACUGUUGAGGAAGCUUGAAACUGAGAGAGAAUCUGUUGAUGUGAAGUUCAAGGAGAUUGUGAAAGGUCUUUCUCAUCUUCUUGUUGAUGCUUCUGAGGCCUAUGAGGAGUAUCAUGGAGCUGUAAGGAAGGCUAAAGACGAGCAAGCUGCUGAGGAGUUUGCGAGAGAGGCAACGCAGAGUGCAGAGAUCAUAUGGGUUAAGUUUCUUAGUUCUCUUUAGAGAAGAGUUGAGAUAAUUGGUUGUCUUUAGAGCAAGUCUGGAGCUCUUGUUGGUUAGUGUUUUGUACUUUGUGUUUAUGUUCUGUUUCAGACUUUGUGGGUUAGUUAUAUCAAGAGAGAGGGGAAGACAAAUAAAUUCUAAUAAAAUAACUUCCAAUAAUUCAUAGAAACCUUUUGCA